AUGGCAGCUACAAAAGUGGAGAUUUCUUCAACACCUGUGAGGAGACAUGUGCUGUGGCUAGUAGUUUGUUUCCUAAUUUUUCGACAUUCACUUGAUGUUAGUUGUGAGGAAUAUUUCGACUCCAUCUCUGGAGAUGAUGAAAUAAAUUCCUUUGAAGCUCUAACAGCUGAAGGUUUGCACAGAAAUGCAUCAGGAAGCCUUUCUUAUGAGAAUGAACUGUCUGGUGAUGGCAAUGUAAUCACAACAGACACUCAUGAUAUUACUGAAUCUCCAUCAGGAUUUUAUCCAGAAAUGAAAAGACCUGACUCUGAUGACCUAUACCUCACAGCUUCUGGAGAUCCUGACCUGGAAGAAACUGGGCCCAGCAUACCUAAGGACACAGAUUACACUAACCAUACAAGCGUUUACAUUCCUGCCUCUGUCCACACCAAAACAUUUACACACCAAAGAGAAUCAUCAGAUACAGCGACUGAGUCACUUCCCAUCCAUGAUCUCUUAGAGAGUAAAGUUACUGACAUGUUGAAAGCAUUAGGAGUGUCAAGCACAGUUGGUGUCUACGAAGUGGAAGGAUCCCAAAUUAAUUUAAAGGCUUAUCGUCUAGAGCCAAGUGUACAGAUUAGGAGAGAAUCAAGGUUGGUUCAUCCAUACGGGUUUCCCAACGAAUUAUCAAUUGUCGCAACUUUUAGAAUGAGAGAAAAUACCCCUAACAUGGUGUGGAAUCUGUGGGAGGUAACUGACAGAUAUGACAACGAGCAAUUCCGACUCAGACUGUAUGGUGAAACCAAUGCUGUUGAACUCUACAAUGUGGCAGCUGUAGGAGAGGAGGUCACCACUUUUGAAAAUGUGGGACAACUGUUCAACCAGGCCUGGCACAAGCUCUCACUUAGUGCCACAAAAACCCAGCUGACUCUGUUUGUUGAUUGUCAGCAGGUUGGCACAGCUCCCAUUCGACAAUACGGAUUCAUUGGUACAGAUGGAGUUACUGUUUUGGCAACAGGAGCAAGGAGGAACACUACACUUCCAGUGGACAUACAACAAUUCACAAUCUAUGGAAACCCAAGUAAAGCAAGUGAAGUAACCUGCUGUGAAUUGCCUGGUAUUUGUGAAAAGCAAAGCAGUGAUGGCACCUCAAUUGGAUGUCCCUGCAGACCUACAAAACCUGGAUUCCUUGGAUUCUCUGGUCCAAAUGGUUAUCCAGGUGACAAAGGCAGGUCUGGAUUUCCUGGAUCUCAGGGUAGAAAGGGUUAUCAAGGUUUUAAAGGGGUGCAGGGAAGACGAGGUGAUCCAGGACCAAGGGGUGAAGAAGGUGAAGAGGGUUCUCAUGGAGAUCCAGGUUACUCAGGAGCUAUGGGUAUUCCUGGUCCCCCUGGAGAUAAAGGUGUGCUUGGUGCAAAAGGGAAAAAGGGCGCUGCUGGAUAUUCAGGGCCACAAGGAGAACCAGGACCCAAGGGUGAAAUUGGAGAUACUGGAGAAUCUGGUGAAGAAGGCAGUGCUGGGUCCCCUGGCGAAGUGGGUGCUCCAGGAAACUCAGGACCUCCAGGGCCCCCAGGUAUCAAGGGAUUAAAGGUGAUUUCCAAGAAAUUCUUGUCUUUUAUUUUUGAACAAAAUCAGAAGAUAAAAUGUAUAGAUGAACUACAUCUAGAAAUAAAGUAG